CGCGCCCUUUGUAUUAGCAUACCACCUAAUAACCUUCAUAAGGUUCGUGUAUAUAUAUGCGUACAUAUGCGUGUAUCUGUGUAUAUUGACUCGCUGGCAAUGUAAAGGUUUUAACGGGACAAUAAAGCUCCAGGAAUCUCAACCUUAAGAAGAGGAGGAGGAGGAGGAGAGGGCGGGAGACAGAGAGAGACAGAGUCGGAUUUAUCAAUCGCUGAAAGCAGAUUAAACGGUUAAACUGAAGUGCGUCUCGGUUAAACUCCCAUCGGACUAACCCGCCUUCGCUUUAUUUAUUUACCGUCCCAAUGAGUGUUCCGUCGGCGCAAGGCGAUGGAUUGUUCACGAAAAUGUUACUCUUCGUGUAAGUGGCCCAAUGGUGACCUUUCACCCUGUGUGUAGCUAAAUGGAGGAGCGGGAUCGCAGUCGCUCACCGUCUCGCAGGACCAGCAGAGUAGAGCAGGUGGUGGGACGCUGGCUUCGCCGCUCCAGAGAGUCCAUCAGCCGAGAGCGUGUGCUAGAAGAUGGGCAAGUUGCCGACAAUGGCUCCCAGGAGCAGAGGAGCUGUCCAAUUAGAGUCACUUUUAAGGUCCCACUUGACCCCACCCUUAACUCCCAUGGCUUUACCGUCUCAACACACACUCCACCCCAGGUGCUGGAGGUGACAGAAGGUGGUCCUGCUGAUGGAAAGCUUGUCCCUGGUGACCAACUUUUUAAAAUAAACAAUGUUGCCGUUGAUGAUCUAUCUACAGAGCAGGCUGCUGAAAUCAUCAGAGAAUGCCAGAACACCAUAGUACUGACUGUCCUAAGAAAUACUGUGGGGCCAAAAUCAUCCUUUAUAACUCCAGAGAAGAGAGCCAAGCUGAAGUCAAACCCAGUUAAAGUGAGGUUUGCAGAGGAGGUGGUGUUCAGUGGUCACUCACAGGGUAACUCUCUGCUGUUCCUGCCCAAUGUUCUGAAAGUCUAUCUGGAAAAUGGCCAAACGAAGGCUUUCAAGUUUGAAUCUAAAACCACUGUUAAGGACAUAGUAAUGACUCUGAAGGAGAAACUCUCAAUCACCCGUAUCGAACACUUCUCUCUGGUGCUGGAACAACAGUACAGCAUCAGCAAACUUUAUCUACUGCAUGAAGAAGAGAUUAUUCAAAAGGUGGUUGAAAAGAAGGAGACUCAGGACUACAGGUGUCUGUUCCGUGUCUGCUUUCUACCUCGAGACUUUAAGAGCAUGCUCAAAGAAGAUCCUGUGGCUUUUGAGUAUCUAUACUUACAGAGUGUGAGUGAUGUAUUGCAGGAAAGGUUUGCAGUGGAGAUGAAAUGUAAUACAGCUCUCAGACUAGCUGCUCUACAUGUACAGGAAAAACUAGCCGGCAGUGGACAAUCCCUUAAAACACCACUGAAGGCCAUCAUGAAGGAGUGGGGUAUUGAAAGCUUUGUAUCCCACACCUUACUGCGAAACAUGAGAGAAAAGGACUUGAAGAAAGCGAUCAGUUACCACAUGAAAAAGAUUUUGUCACAGGAGCCCAAACAAAAGGUGAUCUCAGUGGAUCAAGCUAGACUGAACUUCUUGAAUGAGAUGUCUGAAGUCAAGUCUUAUGGAGGAAAGGCUUUAAGUGCCACUAUGAUGCUGCAGGACAGAGAGUCAACGGUGAGUUUGUUGGUGGGAGCUCAGUAUGGGGUGAGCCAGGUGAUCAACCACAAGCUGAGCAUCAUGACCACACUAACUGAAUUCAGCUGCAUUACCAAAGUGGAACUAUUACCUGAGUCUGACAGAGUUAGUCUGGUCAAGAUCUACCUGCAGGAUAUAAAGCCAAUUACCUUGCUUAUGGAGUCAGUGGCUGCUAAAGAUUUAUCGUGUCUAGUUGCUGGAUACUGCAAACUGCUUGUGGACCCCCAGGUCUGUGUGUUCCCCUGGUCAACUAAUACAAAGAGCCACCGCAUAUCAGCAGAGGAGGGUUAUGUGUCACACUGUGGCAGUGACUCUGACGACUCAAACACAGAUGUGGAUGCUCUCCUUGCUCAUUUUGCUAGCCCUGCCAAAAGCAACAACACAGCAGUUAAAACCAGGGAUAAGCUACCAGAAGAAACCGAAAAAGGCCAAAGUUACAUGGAAAAAGAAGAGGUGGAGAAGGAAGGAAGCAAAGAAGAGGAGGUGGUUGAGAAGAAGGAAAGGGAGGAGGACAAAGAAACCAUCCAUGAAUCUAUAUAUGGCUAUUAUGGAAAAACAGUAGAAAGAGACAAGGAGAGAGUGGGCACAGAAAGGAAGGAAGACAAAGAGCAAGAGAAAAAGCCUCAACAACCUCAGUGUGUCAUCAUUGUCGAUGACCCAUCAUCUGAAUCAUCUGAUUUAUACCAAACUGAGUCACAUUUCAUGACCAGCAUGUCCAGUGACUCUAUAGAUGCCCUAGAGGAUGACGACCUCAUGACCUACUUUUCUACCAGACGUCCAUGCCAUUUACCAUUGAAAGACUCUUACUGCUGUGAAGAUCGCUAUUCACCAUCAUUAUCUCCACAGCAACUACACAGCAAAGAUUCUCAUUCCCAAAGUGACAUGUGCUCUGCUGAUUCCCAUUGUGAGCCUGAUAUUGACCAAUUAUUUUGCUUUCCUGCACUCUCAAAUAUUGCUGAAUGUCUACCUAGUCCCCCUGCAGCCAGUGAAGAGGAGGAUUGUGAGGAAUUGGGAACAGAGAAUGAAAAACAUGAAAAGAGGUCACCUGCAAAAUGCCAUGGGAGCAGCCUACCUCCUUCUGGAGACUAUGUGUUCACAUUUGAACAAGGAGACACCAGACAUUAUUACAAUAUCUGCUCCAAUGUUACCCCUGACAGUGCCCGGAGCCUUGCACGACCUCUCUCUCCUCCAGGUCCUGUGGAAACACAACCAGAUCAGGAAAGAGAGGAAGUGAAUCAGACAGAAACAGUGCCAAUCUUUCAACCCCCACCAGGGUUUGGAGAUAGCAGUUCAGAGGAUGAGUUCUUUGAUGCACAGGAAAGAUUCACGUCUCCUGAAGAACCCUCCUCAACUGCCAUGGCAAGAGAAAAUUCUGCAGAAUCAAGCACCAUAUUACAGACACUAAGCCUGAGGGGGAUUGGCAUCUUUGCAAGUGAACAAGAGGCAGUGGAUCUAGAGAGGAAAGAAAAGGAAGAAAGAAAAAUGGUUACUCAAGUUGAAUCAUCAUAUUUCAACAAAAGAUCCAAAAAGCGUCGCUCAUUCAUGGAAACAAAUUACACAUCCCUGGUAUCAUUCCCAGAACAAGAUAAUUUAGGUAACAGCUAUGGAAAUAGCAUCCCAAAAUAUGGAUCUAUGUCACUGAACCGAGGUGCUGGCCGAAUGGCAUGUUUUGAUGGUGGAUGCUCAGAUCAAGGUCCAUGUCCUACAGUCUUAUCCCUAACUGAUUCUGAAGGAGAACCAGCGCAACUGGAAUCCAAACCCAUCUACCCAUCCAAAGUCAAUGGAUCAGGACUACAUAAUCCUACUGAUACACACUCAAACAAAGCAUAUCAACGGAAACAGCAACUUAUAGAGAUGGAACCAGAUUCCAUGGAGUUCAAAUCAGUCACUGAACUAAUGUCUACUAUAUCACCAACUAUAGUAGCAGUACGCUCCCAAAUAGACCUACAGGAUGAAGAAAACCCCAGUAACCAUAGAGAUGAUCAAGAGGAAGGUGCAGUGGAAGGUCUAGUUGAGAGACUGUUUGGAGGUCACUUGUUCUUUGAUAUGUCCAGAGGACAGUGUGAUAGCAGUGUUUUAUUUAAUGAAAGAGAUGAUCAGGUAACCAAACAAAUGGAAGAUUUUUUCCAAGGCAGUUCAGUGACUCAAAAGAGCAGCUCACUACCAAGACUAGGCCAGAUAUCCCCAUCAAGUUUACCCUACUUGCAUGUCCCAAGCAUAUCUUACACCACAAGCCCUGAUAUAGACAGAGAUGAAAAUACUGUGCAUCUACAAUUUGGGAUGGGAAAGCACUCAGUGGAGCCAAUAGAGAGAACCAGAAGUCAAAGCAUGUCUGCAUCUUUUGGUAACGGCGCACCGCAUUGCCCAUCAAGGCACUUAUUUUCCAAGCGAGUCAAAGGACCAGAAUCUGAUGAGACUGAAGAUACUUGUGACCCUUCACACCAAUCUUCUAGUAUACCAUCUUAUGAACAAGCCCAAAGAUUCCUUCGUACACCCUGUUCAUCCAGCAUCCUUGGGCGACUCUCUGCCUCAACAUUGCGGGGAAAGAUCCAGAACCUUCCCCUCUACUUAUCAUGUUCCCAGGAAAUGUUAAAUGCCAAUUCUAAUGGCAGUGGCAGUGAUGAGCCUGUAAGAAGACUUUCAGAAACACAGCUACAAACAAAUGAAGUUGAAGUAGCAGAAGAGGCAACUGAGGAUGUAACGUUGAAUGAAGGUUCUCCUGAGGUAACAGAGGUAAAAGUGGUUACCAUAGUAUCUGAAGAGGUCACUGAGGUUAUUGAGGGGUUAAGAGAGGUCAGCCACACUAGAGCUAAAGCAUGUGGGGAGCAGAAAACCAAAACUGACCCUAAAGAGUUUUCUGUAAAAGCCAUAUCCCCCUUGUGCUCCAAAGCAGGCAACUCUCUCCAAGUCAGCUCAUCAUCUGUAGUGGUUACUACACAGAGCCUAAACAGACCCUGGGGGGUGGUAAUGUCUAGUGGGUUACAAGGAUGUAGCCACCCUCCUUCAAGCACAACUGCCCAUAACUUCACUUCUAGUUGUGGGGUUUUUGCAAACUGCAAGUCCCAACCUACCAUAGCCCAACCACAAUCCUUGCCUAGCCCAAAUCUACAUGAGAAACCAGACCUUAGCUGCAGCUCGGUACUGGCUAUGGGGUGUGACACUGUAAUGGAAGGUGCUCAAACACCUUUAGAGGCCUGCCAUACAGUAUACACCAACUGUUUCAGUGGAGUUCUUGACAGCGCCAGUUUCGAUGAUGAACUCACCGUGUAUGAGUUUUCUCGCAGAACGAGCCAGGGUGAAACAGGGGAUGCUGUUCUGAUAUCUGUCCCUCCUUCCUCGCUAUCUGCAUCCCCUGCAUCUUUCUCUCCAUCUUCUCCAUUGCCCUUGUUCCCUCAUCUUAUACUGCCUGUUUCUUCAUCUACAGAGCUCAGUCCCCUUCUGUCUCCAUUGGAUGCCCCUGACUGCUUCCUUUCAGACCUUCAUGAAGAUACUAUCACUUCACUGUUGACUCGUCGAUAUCCCCUUCCACCAACAGGAUUCCUUUCUUUGCAAAGGGAUGUGGAAACCCUCUUAAGUGUUCUUGCUGGUGCUAUGAAGAACCAAGAUGGGAUCCAUGAGCACCCCAGGGAUAACUGUGUGGCUCACUUUUCAGAAAACAAAAGGCGAUUACAUGCAGAGGCUCGGGGGCUUUUAGCAGGAUGCCAACACGUGGUCAGAGUUGGGCAGACGCCAGAGGAAACACUUCAGUCUUUGUCUGAAAGCUUCCGCUCACUGUUACAGCUGACAAGUGUGUGCUUAUGUUUCUCUAGCUGCCAGCGAUGCAGGGAGCGCCAUGCCCAAGCACUUACAGGACUAGCAGGUGUUGCAAAAACUUAUCAGGACUUUGCUCAGGCAGCAGAGGUAGUGGGAACUGCUACAGAAAGAAAAACUUGUCAUGAUCUCAGUAUUAAACUCCUGGCUCACCAAUGCACUGCACUAACAACUUCAGUCUUCUGCCUCACCCAGCUCUUUCGCACUCUCACUGCCCUUUGACCUUUGAAGAGUUACACUGAGUAGGUUUUUUUUCCUCCAAACCGCAAGAAACUAGUCAAAAUAACUCAAAUGUUUUUCAAAUAGAACUGUUGAGAUCUAUAACAUUAACACUGAUGCAGUGUCCAAAGGUAGUGUCACUCUCACACAUACUGACACUGAAACAUAAAACCUGCCAUUUAAAUGUUUUGAAUGGAUUAACCUACGAUGACAAGUGAACUGUGAACAGAAUUCCUAAACAGGGUAUUAAACAGCUUGUUUUACAGUAUUUGCUUGUUGGGUUUAAGUAUUUAGUAUUGAAUGUAAAUCUAAACCAUAACUGUCUUUGUACUAUGUUUGUCCGUAAUUUAUUCUGCUUCAUGAGGAAAGCAUAGACAGGGAUAUUGCGUAAUGUAUUUUUCAACAUUCUCUGCUCUCAUUCGUUCCCUCUUGCUUGCUUUCUCACUACUGUUCUCACCAAUUUUAUGCACGUACAGUAUAUUCUCUUCUCUCUGCUAUACCUAGUGUCUAUUAGAGAAUGUUAUAAAAGCUUUCUGCAAUAAUCACCUGUUAAAAUGAGUUAAAAAUGUUUACUAAAUACAAGCAAUAUUUUACUUGAGUUGCCAGUAAUGUGACUAUGUGUUCCUUUUGAAUAAUAAACCAAAGCCUACAGAUGAAUGAUUUUGUUGUGAAUGUAGAUUCAUUCACAAUACUUUAUAUUAACUUUUGCACAUGCUUUACAGUUAUAACUUCAAGAAGGGAGAUUUAUUUGCAUCAUUGGAUUAUUUUUAUGGAAAAACAGAAUAUUUUUUUAGUUUAUUUCUCACUGAUAAGUUUUUCCUUUUCAGUCAUUCCUCCCUCUCCAGUUUUCCCAAAACAGCACUCAUAAUCUUAGGCCCUGCCCACACGAACACAAUUAUUUUUAAAACUGUAGCUUUUUUACGUGUUUUGUCCACGUGUUCUUCCACACACAAACGGAGCACCACUUCACUGAAAUGGAACAUUUUUGAAAACACCUGCAGGUUGAAGAUUUUCAAAAACUCCGGUUGCAGUGUUUUUGUGUAAACACCGAAACCAGCUUUUUUGGCUUGUGACGUCGGAGCCAGCGCUGUUAUCUCCGCCUACUGGGAACUUUUUACGGCUUUUGAUUGGCCAACAUGGCUUUACGGUUUCGAUUAUAUCGCCACAUGUUGGCUUGGCAUGCUCUUGACAGUGCAUCAUAGCAUGCGUUUGCAUUUUCUUAUGGACAGAGAUUUUUUUUAUGGAAGAAGGAAAAACUCAGUUUGUAAAAAUACCCGUGUACGUGUGUACAUGGCCUUACAAUGAUCAAAUUAUUCUAGAAAAUGUUUGAAAACUGACAGAAGUGGAAAAUUACAAAUUUGAGUGUGACAGAAUAUUAAAUGGAUUAAUUAAAUGCAAAGUACUUUACCCACCAGUACAUGUGUCUGAAUACCCAAAAGCUGCCAUGCACUCUCUUCCUAUAAGGCAUGCUGUAAGCCAUAGACAUACUGUAUACCUUGGAAAUAGUGGGCUGCAUGUAAAAAAAUUAAUGCAUGAUUGAAAGAAUGACCAGCGAGAGAAUGAAUGGUUAUAGUAAUGAAAAAUGGCUUUGUAAUGCAGUAUUCACCCCAUUAAUGGAGAAUGUAUGUUUUAUUAAUUAGACUUCACUUAUCUUCCAUAUAAGUACCAAUACAUUUUAACAGCCUUUGCAUCAACUCUGCCUACCAGUCAAUAUUUUUUUUUUUAUGUUGCACUGACUAUUAUGGGACAAUGGAUUUAUCACUGACACCUAAAUAAGUGGGUUUUGCCCAGGCAGAUGAACACAAGGUUGAAGGGGUGGGAUUUAAAAGGACCAAAUGACUGAAUAAAGUCCUGCAUGCAUCGCCAGAGAGAAGUCUGUCAUUUUCACCGGAAGGUCCAAUUAUGACAUUUUAAUUAAACAUUACAAGUUCAAUAAAAAAGGAAAGAAAAAGAAAGAAAGAAAGAAAAGAAACAUAGUCACAGAUUACUUGUUCACAGAUUAUAACAAAAUUAAUUUAGAAAAUAGAUUUGAGGCAGCCCAGCACCAUGUGAGUCAAGUUUUAUUAGGUUAGUAAUGUUAAUUCUUCAUUUUAAUCUUUUUUUUUUUUUACAAACGUACUAUUGAUUCUUAGAAUACCAUAAUAAUAUCACACAUACAAUUUAAAUGGAGUUGGAGAAUAGGUUUUAAAGCAUGUUCAUUGGCUAUC